GUCGCGUCAGUGCGCUCUUCUAGAAGUUAGUGCGUCUUCUGCGAGUAAAGUCGGAUGGAAAAGUUAGGAAAGUAGCAGCAGCGAAUCGCUUUCGAAAGCCUGUGAAAAAGGAAGAAAAUUAACACUAUUUUGACAUGUGUCAGGGUGAAAAUAAAGUGAAUAGUGAAUUCAGUUAGGCAAAGGUGGCAACAGAUUAUCCGAGUGCGAUGGGAAAAUCGUCGCCCGCCGCAGGAAUCUAGCUGGCUGGGUCAUAGGAUUUGCUGGUGGAAAGAGGCAAUAGGAACAAAAUAUUGAUUCUAAUAAUCGUACAUUUUCCGUCGCACGCUAUCGGUGCGCUCUUCGAACAAUGCAAAGGAAAUGAUCGAAAAAGCGUCUCUCAUGUAGUCGACAGUGUGCAAUUGGGAUAUUUGUAAUUUUAUAAAUAAUAUAAGCCAGCGUAGCAGCAAAAAGUGUGCUGCCGAAACUUAAGGACUUACGACAAAAAACAUACACAACAUGAGCGCCAGACAGAGUAAUGGGGCUUGUGUUGGUAAACGGCGAGGCCGGCCGCCGAAAUCGGCCACAAUGGAGCGACCGAAAAAAUUUCAGUAUCACUUGAUGAAAAAACCGAAAUAUUUAUGCAAAGAUGGGCAGGAAGGUGGAAGCACACCGUCAGAAUCGCGUGCCGCAUCACCGCAAGGAAGCGAGGAGAGCCGUCCUUCCACCUCCCGGCGAAAAACGAUUGCAAAGGGAACAAGGGGCCGAAAAUCGACUACCCGUGGUCGUCCGAGUGGCCGGGGCCGUGGAGGGCAUAAUAAUUCUACCAGCCGAAAAGCUUACUCCUACCACGAAUCGGAAUAUCACUACGGUUCUGAUUUUGGAGACGACAGCGACAAAAGCGAUAUUUACGAUGACUCCAUGCGCUCGGCCAGCGAGUCCGAGGAAAGCCUGGGUCAUGAAUCGGAUAGUGACUUCUCUAUGAACAGCUUUGCCGUUGGCCCCGGUGGAGUUGGUGGUAACGGGACACUUUGCUUGAAGGAGCCGAGCCCAGAUCCGAUCUGGCUGCAGGAUCGCGAUGUUCCGGAGUUAGAGCUUCCCGAGUCGUCGGAUGAUCUGCUAGUGCCUACGGAAAUUGUACUCAAGUGUGCUUCCAUCUACGAGAUCAUCCGACGGUUUCGGCAUCUAGUGCGGCUGUCACCGUUUCGUUUUGAAGACUUUUGCGCCGCCAUCUGGAGCGAUGAACAGAGUGCCCUCUUGACGGAGCUGCACAUCACGCUGCUAAAAGCGAUCCUACGCGAAGAAGACUCCCAGCAGACGCACUUCGGUCCGCUUGAUCAGAAAGAUAGUGUUAACAUUGCACUCUAUCUAAUUGAUUCCAUUACUUGGCCGGAAGUGUUGCGAAGCUACAUCGAAAGCGACCCGGCACUGGAUCAGAGCGUGCUUCGGAUCCUCGCCUCCACCGAGUAUCCUUUCGUUCCGGCCGAAGAACGUUUGUCCGUGCUGCAAUUUCUGACCGAUCAAUUCCUGAUUACGAGCGGGGUUCGGGAUGAUAUGACACAGGAGGGCCCGAUACAUUACGACGACCACUGCCGGGUGUGUCAUCGGUUGGGGGAUUUGCUUUGCUGCGAAACUUGUCCCGCCGUGUUCCAUUUGGAGUGCGUCGAACCUCCGUUGGAAAAUAUCCCGAACGGGGACUGGCAGUGUAAUCUCUGCAAGGCGCAUAAAGUUUCCGGCGUUAUCGAUUGUAUAUCGAGCCAGGAGAAGCAGGGAAUGCUCUGCCGACAAGAAAUGCUCGGCUUUGACCGUCACGGACGCAAGUAUUGGUUCAUCGUCCGGCGUUUGUUUGUGGAGAGUGAGGACGCUUCCCAGGUGUGGUAUUACAGCACGGUUAAACAGUUCGAGCUGUUGCUGACAAAGCUGGAUCCGGACGAAUACGAAGACGAACUGUACCAUCAGCUGAACGAGAAUCUGCGAGAUGAAAUCGUGCGCCAGAUGACGCUGACGGAAACAUUGACAAACCAGCACAAAGGAGUGAAGAAGUCGUAUUUUGAUGUGGACAAUCAGCGAAUCGAAAAGUUGCUCGGUCAGAAGGAAUCCUCGGAUGAACAGCAAGGCCAAGAUAAGGAAGACGAAAGGAUGCAGGAUGAUGGUCGCAGCAGUGAUGGUGGCGAACAUGGGGAAAAUGGUUCGAAGGAUGCAACAACUACGAAGGAGGAGGAAGAUCAACAAAAUGCCUCGCAACAGAACGGAGGUGGAGGCAGCAAACACGUGACUCGAUCGAAAACGGGAUCCCUGAUGCCGCGCACGUUCAACUUGGAUGAUUUGAAAAAGAAAAGCUUAAAAGACGAUACUUCCAGCACAAAUGGAGGGAAUAAUGGUGGUACGCCAGGGGCAGCUUCUUCGGGUGAUGGAAUCGACCGUUUGACAAGACAGAAAGUGUCGGAGCUGUCCAACGGAACACUCUACUUCAAGCUGGGUAUGGAAAAUGGUUACAAAAACUAUAUCAACCAGUACACUGUGCAUCCAAUUGCGUUAAACAAACCGCAGCGCAACGAGGAGCGCGACAAGAAGCGACACCUUUCGCACAAAUUCUCGUUAACGCAAGCGUCCGAGUUCAAGUGGUUGGGCGGCGGCCUGUUCGGUACCCAGCAGCAAAUUGUGACCACCAUCCGGCAGACGCUGCUCGCUCUGGAGCAAUCGAUAGCUACCCCGUUUAUGCAUCACAACUGGAAUCGGGUCCGAAAGACGUGGAUUAACGCAAUCGGUACGUGCACGCAGCCGAAAGACUUUGUGCGCACGAUGUGCAUCUUUCAGGCGUGCCUUCGGGGCGUGGUGUUUGCAAGCGUUUGGCACGAGCAGUUGGGUCACACGAAGAUGUAUCGCAUCACGUCGGCCGAGCGGGAGGAGAAGAAAAAAUUGGAAAAGCGUGAGAAACGCGAACGGGACGACGAAGAGGAACGCAACCGGACGGCGGUGAAUUUCGUCAAGUAUUCGCUCGGUUUGAAGCACCAGGUGUGGAAGCAGAAGGGCGAAGAGUAUCGCAUCCACGGCCAAUGGGACUGGGUGUGGAUGGGGAACGGGCGGCGAAAGAAGACCGUUGCCGGGCGGAUGACGAACGACGUUGCCCAGAUGGUUUUGCCGGUAGUGCUGACGGAGACGGGUCAGCAAAAGGUGCAGAAACUUGACUUGAGAACUUACGAAGCGUUUCUUCGCAGCAGAAGCACGCAACAUGAACAGGGGGAGGAGAACGACCCGCUGGAGGAAGAUAAGGAAGACCAAACCCGAAGCGAAGCUAACCCGGUGGAAUAUCUGACAGACAUUGACGCGUUGAACGAGAAGCUGCUGCCGAAGUUGAAAUCAAUCCGAACUUUCACCUUCCCGCAGCAGUUCGUCGGUCCAAUCGAUGUUUCACAGGCCUUAGCAACACCUCAGGGGAGGGUACUCUAUCCGAAAGUGUGCCGGAAGUGUCCCUUACUGGACGGAUUGUUGCAGCGACGUAUGAACCUACGAGACGCGGAAGAACUUCGCAUCAAGCAUGCCAAGGAGCGACAGGAUGAAAUUGCUUCGGGAAGUGCCGACGAGCCCCCGGCAACGAUCAUACAGAAAGAUGCGCCAACUGUCAUUACGGUACGCGUCCUUUCGCCUAGCGAGUGCAUCGAAAAGCAGCUGUUACGAAUCGUGAACAGUCGGGCAGGCAACGGCAGUGGCGCUGUCGUACCGAACCCGAAACCCCACCUGUCGGCCUACCAGCAGCAUCUCCGCAAUCGGCAGUACCGGGAGAAGCUGCACGCAUUGGUCAACGAGGCACAGCGGCUGCGGGUUAGGUACAAUAAGCUAAAUCGUCUGACAACACAAACCACCUGCUACUCCAUUGAAUGCUGCACCUCGAGUGGUGCGUCCUGUUUCUCACCGCUUUGCCGACAGAAACAAGUGGUUCGCGCCAAGCUGUUCGAUAUUCUCAAGCAAAUGCAAGUGAUGGAAAUUCAACACAACUCGCAGCAGUCGUCGGCAGCUGGGGCUAGUGCUGCCACUUCCGCUUCAGGUACUGCUGGCACCGGUGCUCCUUCUGCGAAGUCAAUUCUGGAGCAGAAACUAAUGGAGGUGAAGAAAGAAAGUUUCGAGAAUUUGUUGUCGAACUUUUCCGUCAGUCUGUUCAAAUCGCUUAACGAUGACCUCGAGCGAUCAAAGCGCACGAUGGUGGACUUUGACGAGCAGAUGAUGGCCAUGUUGGCAGUGAAAGUUGAGCCGAAGCAGGAAAUUACGGCGGAGGAGGAGCAGACUGGAGGAGAGAAGGCUCUAGAUCCGCUCAAUUUCAGCGAAGUAGUAAAAGAAGAAGUCGUCUGUAGCAGCGGCGACACAGAUAACGCAAUGAUGGAUGUCACCACGACGACGAUGGUGGAUGCACCGAAGGUGGAGGACAGCUCAUCCUCCAUGCCGAUGAACGAAAAUUCCAACUCCAACUCUAUCGUGUCGGAGGGUGGCGGCGAAGGUGAAGGGCGUGUUACGCGUUUCCGUGGCCGUUCUCGAACAAACAAGACGGCAACCGAAGAUCAAGCUUCCGGUGGUGUACCGAUGCCGAUGGAUGUCGUGGUACCGAAAGAGGAAGAGUUUGCCAAACCGAUGGUGACGACGGUUCGUGCACCAAACCGUCGAUUCGGGCUACUUGCGAGGAACGUUAAGAAAGAAGAUCAGGACGAGAAGGAACAAGCACCCGAUGGAAGUGUCCGGGUGUACACCGUGAGCAGCACGAAGGGUAAGGUUUACCUUAAGAAAUCUCUCCCUGGAUUGAAUGCCAACGGCGGCACAGUCGCCGGUACCGUAACUUCCGCGGACGGGAAAAGCAAACCGGAAGGCAAGAUACCGGUGCUUGGUAACGGAAAGCCGCGCUACCCGGUCGUCAACUACUUCCGUACGAAAAAACCAGGGGUAUCGUCGAUCAUGGUGCUGCCGAAAGGCGAGCUGUUCAAGCUGGCGAAGCACGGCGGGCGGCUGCAAGUCGCUGGUUUUCAUCAUCUGGCCAAAACGAAUACAUCCGUGUGGCCGUACCCGUGCUCGAGACCGCUCUUCAAAACGUGCUGGCUGUAUCGUAGCGUCAAUCUUACCUCGCUGGCAGCGGUUGGAAUGCAGCUGCGCAUUUUAUGGACCUGCCUGCGCUGGGACGAUAUGGCGAUGAAGCCUGCAACGCCGGACGGGAAGAUUCAAGUGACGACCGAGUCGGAGAUAAAAUCACUCGAGUUGCUACGCCACCGGCACGUGGGAAUGUUCAACGAACGGUUGGCGUACCUGAGAAGGAAGGUACUCAUUCCACUGGAGCUACCAAAAACGGUUCGAGCAGAGGUUCAGUCCAUCCGAUCAGGAUUGCGUAAACGGAAGCGUGCCGAGUCACCGCAGCACACCGAACCCCAGGUGACGGAGGAAUGGGUCGAGGAGGACCAGCUGGAACUGUGGGAAAUCAAACUGUACGGCGAGCGGCAGGAAAGGAUGGCGGCCGCUUCGGCUACACCGGUGACGCGCAACAGCACCGGAAAGCUGCCCUCGAGUGGCAACAACCGGCUGAACAGUGACUCUUCCUCGACCGCAUCGAUGGCAGGCUCGGGAGGAUCGGCAGUCAAAUCGGCCGCGUCAGGCAGUGGGGGGGUCAAGGCGUCCCGGGAGGAGAUUAACGAAAAGAUGGAACAACAGCUUCGGCUACAGCGGGCAGCACGCAAUCAAAAUAGAGCAGUCGAGGUUAAGCAAGACGCACCCAAAGGAAGCGGUAUUGUUCAUCGAAAGAUACUGGUGAAAAAUCCCGAUGGUACGACGAAAAUUAUCCAGCAGAGUAUUCUUGCGUCUUCGGCGCAAGGCCGACAAUCGCCCCAACAGCAGCAACAGAAUCAUCCGACCACAUCGAAACCGGAGCCACAAAAGGUUCAAAUAAUUCGCGGCCCGGACGGUAAGGUGAGCGUGCGUGGUCUCAAUCCAGGUCAGCAGCUUAUCCAGACUCCAGACGGCAAGUUGCACGUGCUCAGCAGCAAUCCAAACUCUCCCAAACAACUCAUCACUAGAGUUGGGCAAAAAAUUGUAAAAGUUGGAUCGACGCAACAGCAAGGAACAGCAAACUCUUCAACCGCAAGUGCAACAGUAACCAGCAGUGGAGCCCCGGCCAGUCCAGCCACACCGACACAACCACAUAUACUGAACAAAGGGGUCACUGUACGUAAUGUGCUAGGCUCGCCAUCUGCUGCAAGUACACCUCAAACCAAGAAUGUGGUACAGCGACAAAUCUUGAAUAAGGUACAGACGGCCAGCAGCAGCCCUGCCCAAGUUGGAGGCCAGUCGUCGGUUCAGCAGAUCGUUACCUCGACGGCAGGAAAAAUCAUCAUCAACAACCAGGGCACCGUACAGAAGGUUAUUACGAGCAGCGGUCAGCUGUUGACCACCACUACGCCCGUGCAGAAGGUCGUCACGCAGUCGAACCUCCAGCAGCUGCUUCAAGGUACGCUGCCGGCGGGUCAGAAGGUGAUUGUGGAACCGACGGCGGCUGCGGUGGCAGCAACUACUGCCGGCUCGACGGGCCAGUCAUCGCUGCAAACACAGAAGGUACUGCUAGCCACGACUCCCGGCCAGCCGACCAAGCAAAUUCUAAUCCACAAUGCGAGCGGAGUGACGGGCGUCGCUGGUUCUCCACAGCAAAUCAUCAUCAACCAAGCCGGCCAGAAGAUGGUUCAACAGAUCGUGGCCACUCCCGGCCAGCAGAUCAUGAUCGGUGGCCAGCGCAUCAUCCUAAACAGCGGCCAGAAGCUUGUCAGCAAUACUCCGCUGCAAAUUCAAUCCCAGCCAGCCACUGUAGUAUCGAUGGCCUCCGGCGGACAGCUGACGACGACGACUACCAUGCCACAGAUACAAAAGGUUCAGCAAAUUGUUACCACAGCCCAGCCAACGGUUGCAACGGCGACUCAUCAGCAGCAGCAGCAGCAACAACAGUCGCAUCAAAUACAAAUUCAGCUCCAACAGCAACCACAAACAACGAUGCAGACCGUCGUCACGUCACCACAGCAGCAACAGCAGCAGCAACAAUCGGCGGCAAUCAGCCAGGCGCAGAGUCUGGCACAGCAACUGUCCAGCGGGAAGCUGCAGCUGGCCACCGUGAACGGUCAACAGGUGUUGCUGCGGCCGAUCAGCAACAACCAGGCACAGGUUGUGGCCCACAUCAAAACGCAACCGAAUGGCACUGCGCAGAUCAUUCCUGUAGCUAACUUGGCAGACCCGCAGGCACAGGCUCAACAGCAGCAGCAGCAACAGCUUCAGCAACAGCAACAGCAGCAGCAACAACAGCUCCAGCUACAACAACAGCAGCAGCAGCAGCUUCAACAACAGCAAUUGAUACAGCAACAGCAAAUCUUACAAUCUGGAGGCGUUGCGGUGCAGCAGGUUCUUCAAACGACGGCCGACGCGAACAAUGUUGUGAUGCAGCAACAACAGCAACAGAACCAAAUAAGUACCUCAGUGGAGCAAACAUUGCUCAAAGACCAACCGCCCGGUACGGUGAUUAAGUGCGUUACGGCUCAAGUCCAGCAGGAACACGGCCAAGGGCCUCGCAUCGUACUGCACGGUUUGACAGGUAGUGACUUCACUCCGGCGCAGUCGGCACUAGUCCAGCAGCAGGUUAAGCAGCAGUUGUUGCGAGCGCAAGAAUCGAACGGCCGGCAGUGUGUGGUUGGACCGACAAAGAUCUACCUCGCCAUUCAACCGGCUCAGAAUCAGAUGGGCGGCGCUGUCGCAGCCGCCGCCUCCGUUGGCGGUCAACCUCCCCCCCUCGCUCCGGUUCAAAUCAAACAUGAACCCGGAGCAGCAGCAACACCAAUACAGAUCCACCAUCAACAGGAAAGCUCCGAGGCGAUUGCAAUGGGCGCUGAAACCGGUCUGUCGGAGGAUGGUGGCAAUACCAUCAUAACGGCCGCUGCUCCCAGCAACAUCAUCAACACGAUUCCCGGUACCAACACAGGCGGCAUGAUCGUCGAUGACGGCAAGCCACGCAUCCUGUCGAACAUUAUCAUCAACGGUGCGAACAGUGCAUCAUCGCCAAUUAAUCCUCUCGUGAAAAAGGAGCUCAUCCAGAAGGUGAGCAAUAAUCUAAGUAAGCAGCAACAAAAGCUAUCACAAAUGCCAAUCACCAACGCGUUGUCAACGGAAACGGAAACACCGAGCGAAAUACCACCAAAUGAUGGUACGAGUGGGACGAAAGAAGGAUCCGGUGAAGGCGGUGAUGAGGGUGAAGCAAACGAUGGAAAAGAUUCCUUCGUCGUCACACCCGACUAUAUCCAACAGACCAUCAAGAAUGCACUAAAGCAGGAGCACCUGAAUCCAGAGAUCGAGGAAAAACUGCUCAACCUGCAGCGCUACCAGGAGAAACAGAUGAAGACGGAGGAUCGACCGGAUCGGACGAUCGCAUUGCAACACAACUACAGCAACAUGACUGGCAAUCGCAGCGAAUCGCACAGUCACGGCAGUCGGGUGCGGAAGCGCACAACAACACGUGCCGAUGACGAUGACGAUGAAUGGCAAAUGGAUACCCCGAAACGAGCGCGAGCCUCGAAACCGGCAGCGGGUGCAGGAGGAACGGUGGCGGGUCUGUCGUCUCCUGGUGGUUCCGGCGGUUCCCCACGCGUCAGCCGUGAGAGAAAACAUUCGAACAGUGAAGCGCAAAGCUCUCCCAGCAUCACGACGACCACCCCGUACAAGAGGCGUACCAUUUCCGGUCAAGGUCUGGCCGGUUCACCAGCCGGCACGCCGCUUAAACUGUCCCCUGGUGGUGUGGUACUUUCAUCUGAAGAAAAAUCUCCUUCGGCACCAGCUAUUCUAACGACUGGACGGAACAGAAGUAGUGAGAAACGCAAAACAACGACGACUCCGGUAUCUUCGAGUGGCUUGAGUGGCCAACAGCAGCAACAACAACAGCCCCCACGACAGAGCAAACUGCAGGCACAAUUGAAUCGUCACAAGGAACAGUUAAAGAAAGACAUGCUCAAGAAACGAUCUCAUCUCGAAAAGGAUUUGCAGGUUCAGAUACAGCAGGAACUCUCCGUCGAGGCGCAGUCGUCCGCGUCUUGCACAGUUGUGGCUCGGGCGGCGUCAGCAUCGACGGGUGUUGCGGGAUCGGUGACACCGGCUGGUACGAAAUCAUCAUCCUUCUCCCCUUCAACCUUGGCCCAAAACCAGCAGCAACAGGAAGAGCAUCAUCAACCGAGCCAUCAGGUAUCGUCCAGUACUGCAGCAGCACAUUCUACGACUAGCCGUCGACAACCGCAACAUGCUGCAGCCGCCGACGAUGCCCAUCUCGAUGGCUACGACGAUAUGCUGGCGCCGCCCGGCGGCCCUAGCUCAAAGCAAGCGACGGAUAAGAGUUCCUCAACAUCGACCGCGACGACAACCACAAGACGAAAAACAAUUGUAACUGGUACGCAUGCCUCUGCUACGGCUGGUUCCAAACGCGGGGGUCAAAAGAAUGCCAGUCCCGGCAGCAGUGGUGGCGCAUCAAAGGCAGGUGGCAAUCGUUCCUCGGGGGCACGUGGCGGAGGAGGAGGAUCAAAUCAAACCCGCCGGGGUGCAAAGAAGAAUAGCAAGGCCCAGACGCAUUGCAUCUGCCAGACGCCAUAUGAUGAUUCUAAGUUCUACGUUGGUUGUGAUCUGUGCAACAAUUGGUUCCAUGGAGACUGCGUUGGCAUCAGUGAAGCGGAGUCGAAGAAGAUCACCGAGUACAUUUGCGGCGAGUGUAAGCACGCCCGGGACACGCAGGAGCUGUACUGCCUCUGCCGUCAGCCUUACGACGAAUCUCAAUUCUACAUUUGCUGUGAUAAGUGCCAGGACUGGUUCCACGGACGGUGCGUUGGAAUAUUGCAAUGUGAGGCGAAUAAUAUCGACGAGUACAUAUGCCCGAAUUGCCACAAGAAUAAUGCGAUCAACUUUGCCAACAUGAAGGCGCUGAGUCUCAAGGAGUUUGACAAUCUAAAGAAACUUAUCAAACAAAUUCAGCAACAUAAAAGUGCCUGGCCAUUUAUGGAACCGGUCGAUCCAAACGAAGCACCCGAUUACUAUCGCGUAAUCAAGGAACCGAUGGACCUACAAAAAAUCGAAGGCAAGGUCGACAGUAAAGCCUAUCAGACGCUGUCAGAGUUCAUCGGUGACAUGACGAAAAUAUUCGACAACUGCCGGUAUUACAAUCCAAAAGAAUCACCGUUCUUCCGGUGCGCGGAAAGCCUGGAAUCGUUUUUCGUGCAGAAGAUCAAACACUUCCGCGAGCAUCUGAUCGAUAAGAACGACGAGAGCGGCGGCGACACUGCCGUUGGAGAGGCCAUCGGAGGAUCCAUUGCCGAGGUAGGGACGAUCUUAAUGGACGUGACGGCUGCCACCAGCUCCACCACAGCGUAGUUGUCUCAUAAUUCCAUUCUGUACCGAUACCUGCUUAAGCCAGGUGCCUCGAUGUGGAGUAACGUGGAAAGUAACGUAGCAUCAAGGAAACAAACAGGAAUGUAGGGCGAAAUCUCAUGAUGAGGGGAAAAAAAAAGCUCGUUUACACAUUGGUAUGCACGAUACCAAGCAAAAUCAACGGGUGGAGUAGAUCGGUCUUUCAAGAAGCAGGUACUUGUUUUUCUAAACUUUCCCAUUAGGAGAUCUCCCGAUCCUCGUCUUCAAACGAGAAUUCGUAAAUAGUAGUUUUUUCUUACUUCAAUUAUUUAAUCCGUUUGACUUUACUUUCGCAGCAAAUAAAUUUACCGGAUGUAAAGAAAACACAAAAAAACACCACAUAUACGUAGUUUUAACAGAGUUUUAGCAGAGAUUUUUUUCGGUUAAUGUGUGUCAAAGCAAAAUCCAUAGCGUUUGUUGCAAAGGGGAAACAGAAGAUCAUAGAUUGCACAUAUUCAUUAAUUGAGUUUAUAUCAGUCAAAUAUGAUAGUACUAGAUAAUCAGUUCUAGCAGUUCUAUUUGAAAUAGAUCAAACCAAAUGUAACUGGCCAAGAGCAACAAAUUCACAGAUUUUAUCUAAGUUCACUUUACAUUAUGCACAAAAUAAAUGAUCUAUGGUACA